AUGAGUUCAUCAAAUUCGACCACGAGUGAAGCAAUCAUGGACACAACUGGAGACGGUGAAACCAAUAUCACCAUCUCUGAUAUGGACGCUUCGUUGAUAGCGAUUAAAAAAUCGGAGGAGAAAAAAAACAACAAUCUGCUGUUUCUCAAGCAACAAAUUCGAGCAGCUGAACACAGGUUGUUGCAGCACAAGGAGAAACAGCAGAUGUUGGAUUUACAGCACAAGUUGGAAUUGCUUUUGUUGAAGGAAAAAGGUUUGGCCAAAAAAGAAGCUCAACAGCAACCCAACUUGGAGCAGCAACAUAACUUGCAGCAGCAAUUCAAGCUGCUACAGAAAGAAAAAAAAAAGCUUAAAAAGCAACAGCAGCAGCAGCGUAAAAAUAAGAAUUAUCAUCAUCAUCAGCAGCACCAGCAGCAGCACCACCACCACCAUCAGCAGCAGCAAUGGUUUCAACCGCAAUGCCACCAGGGUAAUUGCUGUUGCUGCCAACAAAUAAAUUACCAUCAGCACUGCUCUCCGAGUCAACAAAAAUCUGCUUCUGCUGCAUGUUGCAACGGCAAUUCUUACACCUACACAGGGGGAGCAAGGUAUCAGGGAGCUGCCGGAAAUAGUCGGCGCAGGUGGUUUGCCAAUCGUGGACAACAAUAUUGCCCAGGGCAGGCCCGAUGGAAAAAAUAUUAA